AUGGCACUUGUAAAAGAUGCUUUCACUAAGGUCAUAAGCAAUAUUGAACAUUUUAGUGAAAAAGAUUGGCAUAAUUGGGAUGGAAAUCAAAAAUGUACUCCUGAUGAAAUUUUUCGACCUGUCAAUUUACAUGAUUUAAAAACAAUUGUAAAAAAAGCAAAAGAGAAUAAUAAGAAAAUUCGUUGUGCUGCUGCUGGUCAUACUUGGAGUAGCCUUAGCGUUACUAAAGGAUACUUGGUAAUAGUUACUAAUUUAAAUGAUAUUGAGAUUCAAUAUAAUGAAAAGUUGAAAACUUGGACGGUCACCACCGAAGCUGGCGUAUAUCUUGAAGAUCUUGAUGAUAAGUUAAGGAAACAUAAUCCUCCAUUAACAUUUGAUUCUUCGACUGUAUUGAACACUGUAACAACCUCUGGCAUUGUAUCAACUGGUUCUCAUGGUACGAAAUGUGCAAAUUCAAAUAUCUCAGAAAAGGUAAUCUCUUUUCAAAUUGUAACAUCCGAUGGCGAACUUCAUGAGUUUUCUGAUGAGAUAGACCCUGUUGAAAUGGGUGCUGCUAGAAUAAGUCUUGGUCUCUUGGGAAUUAUAUAUAAGCUCACUUUUACGGUAGAACCAAUGUUUAAUUUGAUAAUGAAAGAUAGUUUUCCAAACAUUUCUGAUUAUUGGAAUGCAAAAAACCUCAAAAAUGACGUAUUGAAUUGUGAUAGUAUUGAAAUUAUAUAUUGGCCAUUUAAUGCACCUGGCCUUCAAGAGAAAAAUGACAAGCUUUGGGUAAAAACUUACAAAAGAACCGAUAAGAAAGUUACAGAGAAUCAGCUUGAAGUGAAAUUUUCGUCGGCCUUCCAAGGCUUUGGACUCAAAUUUGGGAAUCACCUUUAUGAACAUAUUGCUAAACAUCCGGAAUCUACCCCAUACAUUACUAAUCUUCUUUUUAAUGCUGGUGUUAAUCAUGAAAGUGAAAAGAUUUUACAAGCGCCUGAUGCAAUUCAUUUUCAGUCCGGUGUCGACUACCUCCUUUGUGUGGAACAAGAAUUUUGCUUCAAGGUCAAUCAUGAUUUUUCAAAUGCCAUUGACGAACUCAAACAUAUUAUUAAACGGAUUUAUGAAUUAGCUGCAGUUAACAAGUACCCGUUAAAUCUUUCAGUAGAAUUUCGAAUCAAUAAGGCGUCCAAAUGCCUGCUUGCUCCGACAUAUGAUAAAGACCCAGAUGCGUAUUACUGCCUAAUAACACUCUUGUCUGUUAAUGAUACUCAAGGUUAUCUCGAUUUUUCAAUUGAAAUAGCCGAAAGAUGGAUGAAGAAAUAUAAUGCACUGCCACAUUGGGGUAAACUUUGGGAACAUGUGCCUGGUAUUAUUCCGCAUAUGCGUAACAAUAUUGGAAAACGUCUAGAUGAGUUUGAAAAAGUUAGGGCAAAAUACGAUCCUGAUAAAUAUUUCUUUGAUAAUGAGUCUCUGAGACAACUUUUUACAACUGUUGAUACACCACAGUUUCCAGAAG